CAUGCGCAGAGAAUUUGUGGAUAUUUUUCUACUUGGUCGGCGCGGUUAAAAUGAAGUUACUGUCAGAUUUGAAGAAAACAUUAUUGCUCUAUACCCUCGCGGUGCGAUUCAAGAUGACCGAUAAGGCAACAAAUCUCACAAAGAAUGGAAAAACACUUGCCGACUUUGGUUACGGCUUCAAUGACGAGGGUAAAUUGCGCCAGUUGGAUGCUGAAAAAGGGACUCUGACUGAUAAAGGAUUUGAAUUUGCUGUGCACAAAGAUCACCAUGCUAACCAAAGACGAUACGAGGAAUUGGGCGAAGUCAUCACGGAGUAUGUUUACGAUUUAUUAGAAUCAAAGGGAAUGGUUAAACUCCCAGUACCGGAAACUGCAAAAGCCGGAGAGGGAACAUUCAUUUACUCAACUUCAAAGGAAUUUUUAAAUGCUGAAAAACUCCUCGUUCUCAUCCAUGGGAGCGGAGUUGUUAGGGCAGGACAGUGGUCAAGAAGUUUAAUUAUCAAUCAUUCCAUUGCGGCUGGAACACAAUUGCCUUAUAUUGAAAAAGCCCGAAAUAUGGGAUUUGAAGUCAUAUCAACCAACACAAAUGAUAACCACCGCGAUGGGAAAUCCAUUCGAUACAGCGAGGAUUCCGUUGAACAUGCUAUUUACGUCUGGGAAAAAUACAUAAUGCCUUCUAAUCCAAAGUCUGUGGCCAUUGUGGCUCAUAGCUACGGAGGUAUAGUGACGAUGGAAUUGGCCAAGAAGUUUCCUGAGUUUUUCCAGGAGAAGGUCUUUGCCAUUGGGCUUACAGAUUCAGUUCAUAUGGGACUCAAAGGACCUCCAGCUUUGCAGGAAUACCUAAGAAAGAUCUCACGAAAUUGGGUUGGAUCUUCUAAGCCACUCGAUACAAAAUUAAGCACAGAGAAAUCCAAUGACAUCCCUCAUUACUCUGCGGGUCACACGCAGCACGAGUGGACAUCAUAUUCUUGCAUGAGUGCUCUAUUUGACUUCUUCACUGAACGCUUAGAUAUAUUCACAAAGCGGCAGAUGUGAGGAAUUCUUGAUAUAUGCAUGUGAUAGGAGAUUUUGUGGCGCCUUAUGAGUUAUGCGGGGUUAAAUGAGCAAAGGUCCACGAAAAAAGUGCGGAGUGCGCGGGAUUAUGUAAAACAUUGAUUUGAUAAUAUAAAAUUAAUAAAAUACAAAUUGAGAGCCUUAA